GGCUCUGCGAGACGGGUUUUUGCUUUUUCAUUGAUUUCGAGUCUUGCGUACAGGCAUCUCCUUUUCACUGGUCUUCAGGCAGUCAUUCAACCAAGUCAUCUCUGAUUCAGUUCAUCCGAGCCUCCUUUGCUACAGACUGAUAUGGCAUCAGAUUAUAUUGUUGUGGCAGCUCUUGGAAGACCUCUGUUUCCUGGAAUGCUGUAUGAUUGCCGCAAAGAUUCCUUCAUUCCAGGUGUAACUCUGUGGGAUAAGAAUUCACUGUCUGAAAAUUUGGACAGUCAUCCACAGCCCCAGACAGAUUUGAAGUUCAGUAGCUCUGACUCUUUUGCUAGUAAGUCCAGUCUCCUGGAUGUGAGUGCUUCGUUAAAGGCCAGCUUCUUGGGAGGACUGGUGGAGGUGGGAGGAUCUGCCAAGUUUCUGCAUGACACCAAAUCUUCAAACAGACAGUCCAGAGUUACAAUGUACUACAGUGAAACCACCAAAUUUGAACAGCUUACUAUGAACCAUCUGGACAACAUUACCUACCCUCAGGUGUUUGAGCAGAAAACUGCAACUCAUGUGGUCACAGCUGUACUGUAUGGCGCUCAGGCCAUUAUGGUGUUUGAUCGGACAUUUUCAGAAGAGGAGAACAAGCAGAAGAUUGCGGGGGAACUGAAUCUAAUGGUGAAGAAGAUACCCACAUUGUCAAUUGAAGGAAGUGGAGCUGUAAAUAUGACAGAUGAUGACACAAAUAUGGUUGAGAACAUCUCCUGCACAUUUUACGGUGACUUUCAUCUUGAGCAAAGUCCAACUUCUUACAUCGAGGCCCUUGAUUUGUACAAGAAGCUCCCCUCUUUGCUGAAUAAUUCAAAGAAUGCAGUUCCAGUUAAAGUGUGGCUUUAUCCUCUUAAUUUACUGGAUUCAAAGGCAGCUCAAUUACAGGCAAACAUAAGCACAGGUCUGCUUUCCUCCAUUGAAUUUAUGAUGGAGGAUCUAGAAAAAGUAGAGAGGACAUGUAAUGACCUGUCCCAAAAUACACUGGUAAAUGAUUUCAGCGACAUCCAAGAGAGGCUGCAGUCAUUUCAGAAAACCUUUAAUAAAUAUAAGGCAAAGAUGCUGAAAGAAGUUGGCAGAAUUGUGUCUGCUAUUCGAGGAGGAGAAAUAAAGGAAACAUCAAUAGAAGAAAUGUUGAUCUACCAUGACUUUCUUGGCAUGUUUAGGCAGUGGUUGAAAGAUGCAAAGUCUGAAUUUAACCUCUUGAGUUCUUACAUUAAGGGGAUCAAGAUUGAAGAUUCAGACAAUCUCAACACUGUCCUCUUUGAUCCUAAUGUUGACUUUGUGGUGUGCUUGAUGCUCACAUCUCUGAAUGAAGACCCAUAUCUUGAAAGCCUGAAGAAGCUUCUAAAAUCUGACAAGUCUAAUAAGUUAGAUGAAGAACAAAACAAAGUUUCAGUGACCUGUGAGACAAAGUGGUUCAAUGAUCCUGAUGUCAAAACAAAGAUGAGAGAUAACUUGUCCCUUUUCAAAGGCUUGUCAGUGGCAAAUAAAGAUGAAAAUAGAAUCUGCUUCAUUAUUUCUGCAAUAUCUAAUACACUCAGCCCAGGAUCCUCCAUCUAUCUGUAUGAAAAAGGGAAACUGAAAAGCACAGAUUUCCAGCCAGUGUCCAAACCUCCACCACUGAUAGUGAAGGAUGUCCAUGAACAAACCAUGUCCCUGAAACUGCAGAAGUCCCCAACUGGAGAAACAGAGCAGUACAGAGUGGAGUACAAGCAGGUAAAAGAAGAAUCUAAAGCUGAAGAACAGUGGCUUGUCAUAAACACAACUGAUGAAGACUUUACUCUAUCUGGACUGGAGUCUGGAAAGCAGUGCAUGAUCCGCUACAGGAUAGUGAGUAGAGUGGGAGUGAGUGAAGCCAGUGAGACCGUCAAAUCUAUAACAUCACCAGUUUGUCCUGAUCCUGCACAACAAACUUUCCUGUAUGAUGCUCCUGAAGAAAAACCAAGAGUGCUUACUGUGCCAUGUGAAUACCUACUAGACAAUGGAGUCUAUAACAUGAUGAUCAUUACCAUCAAUGGAAAAGUCAAUGCUGAUGCAAACCAGUUUGUUGUUGAUUUAAGUAAAGGCCCAGACAUUGCAUGUCAUGUAAACGUUAGCUUCAGUGAAGAUGGAAAUCCAAGGAUUGGGUGUAACAGUCUGAUUGGAUCCAUCUGGGGCAAAGAAGAGCGUGGGGUUUCCUCCUUCCAUUUUUUCAGAGGAAUGCCUUUUGAGAUGAAAAUCUUAUGCACCAACACUGAAUUUCAAGUGACAGUAAACGGAUCACACCUUAUGAAUUUCAAGCAUCGGAUCCAAGAGCUCGACCAGAUCAGAGGCAUUGGCAUCUACCGUGAUGUGACCCUCAGCUCUUUAAAUGUGGGGAAACUGCAGUGAGAUGAUGUUGCUAAUGCAGUUUUAGUUUGAUCUCUUGACAUCUAUGCAAGCAUGUUAUUUCCUUUAGUAAUCAUAAUAUGUUUUAAAAUACUAUGUAGCAGUGGAGUGCAUGUCCUUUUUUUCUGCAGCACCUGAUCAAGAAGUUUUUCUAUUCAUUUUUUUCCAAUAAGGUUUUUAGAAAUAUGCUUAAAUUUCUUCAUCAUUUACUCACCCUCAAGUGGUGCUAAACAUUUAUGACUUUCUUUCAUGUGCUGAACACAAAAGCUGAAAUACUGACUACUGUACCUCAAACAUGUGUUAAGUAAAAAGUAUCAGUACAAUUUCAUAUUUUAAUUUCACACUGGUAAUAGCCUCACAUUAUAUUGAUCCAUUUCUAGAAUAAGCUUACAUUUCUAUUUUUUAUCUAAAACAUUGUGUUGCCUUAUCUUGUGUAGCCAAGCAAAAUUACUCCUUUUUUUAAUCAACACUCAUAAAAGUCCUGUUUUUGUUACAGCAUGUAGUCUUAAAUUUAGCACUUCGUUUUGUCCCAAACGUAUACAAGUUUGUCUUUUUUUUUCGCUGAAAUAUAUACUUAAUGCAUAUGAGUACAAUUUUAAAGUCCUGUUUUUGUUACAGCAUGUAGGCCUAUAUUUCUAUAAAUAAUAAAAGUCUUCAAUUUAAAACUUAAUUUUGUCCAAAAUGUAUAUACGCUUGUUUUUUCUUUUGCUAAAAUAUAUACUUAAUGCAUAUGAGUGCUAUUUUAAGAAGUCCUGUUUUGUAGUCCUAUAUUUCUAUAAAUAAUAAAUGUCUUCAAUUUAACACUUAA